ACCCCAUACCAGCCAGCCAGAGCCAGCUUCGGCCUCCUUCUGAACCUACAUCAACCGAAAACCCAAGUGCCACCAACCACUCUUGUUGACCAUCAAUCAUCAUCAUCAUCAACUAUCACUCUUCCUUCUUCUUCAUUCUCUAUCAUCAUCAACAACCGACAAGCACAUUCUAUCUUCUUCUAUUGCAUAAGACCUGCAUUCUUGGUCGACUUCCCACUUGAAUAUUCAAACUUGCCUGUACUUUUCCUUGGAAUCGUAUAUAGCUCUUUUCUCUCUCCUCGUCAUGCCUCCUCCAGAGUUCCAAACGAUCCUGGCUAAUCUGCUCCAACAACCUGAGAACAAGACCUGCGUCGACUGUGACGCACCAGCUCCUCAAUGGGCAUCAGUCAGUUAUGGGAUAUUCUUCUGCUUGAACUGUUCGGGUUCUCAUCGAAGUUUGGGCGUCCAUCUCUCGUUCGUUAGAAGCGUCUCUUUAGAUAAAUGGUCUGAUGAUCAACUGGAAAAAAUGAAAUUAGGUGGGAACGGUAAAUGGAAACGAUGGUGCAAGGAGCAAGGAGCGGCAGAGAAUUACAGCAGUGAGAUGACGAUCCCAGUGCUUUACAACACGCAUUUUGCGGCGCAAUAUCGAGACAAGUUAGCAGCAGAGGCGGAGGGACGAGAAUGGUCGCCAUCGGACACGCCGCCGACGAUCGUCCAUCCACAGGAUCCGGAGGGCACCAUGGGACUGAGGAAGCCACGAGGACAAAUCGGAGGGAAGCUUGGGAUCUCAUCACGGACGACCAGUUCGGCGGGCUCGUCUAGAGUAGGCACGCCGGUAGGCUCGAACCGAAAGGCGGAGAACGAGGCGUAUUUCUCGUCAUUAGGCUCGGCGAAUGCCCAACGUUCGGAAGAUCUUCCGCCAUCACAGGGCGGGAAAUAUGUGGGCUUUGGUAGCGCGGCGAGUACGAGUACUGGGGGGGAUGGAUGGGAUGAUGCACCAGCGGUAUUAAGCAAAGGCUGGGGAUUCCUGAGCUCGACGCUUUCGCAAGCGACCAAGACCUUGAACGAGACCGUCGUCAAACCGGCCCAAGAGACGGUCAACGACCCGGAGUUACAAUCCCAAGUCUGGUCAUUAGCUAGUCGGUUCCAGAGCACCGUUCUCGAGGCCACUAAAGUCGGCUCGAGCUAUGCCGCCGAGGGUCUUAAGGUCGCCUCCCAACAGGCUAAGGCUCAUGGUUACGAUCUCGGCGGACUCGGAAGUCAACAGCUUGAGGAAUUCAGUCGGCAACCCAAUCGUCCUGAUGUUAGCUCGGCCGAUUACUCGCCUAUCGAUGGUGACUUCCAUCUCGAUCAAGAUCCUGAUGAACAUGACCAACACGAACAUGACGAUGAAACCGAUGAACAUCUUCAAGGAUAUUCUCACCAUCAUGACAUCGGCUCUCAUUAUACUUCUCUCUCCUCGAACGCUCCUAACUCUUCUUCUUCUUCUUCUACUAAUACUAGUACUAACAAUCAACAUGACGAUUGGUCCAAACUCGCCCCUCUUAGUACGGCUGCUAAACUCAAAUCUCAGACUAACAGUAAACCGACUGAGAAAGCUAAAAAACCGGCUAAUGAUGAUGGCUGGGAUGAUUGGUGAUUCUCCUCUCUUUCUCUCCACCUCCAUUCGCUUUUUUUUACACCUUCUUUGUUUAUUUCCGGGAUUUCAAUUUUUUUCAAAUUGAGCAACACCAAAGCCUUCUUCCCCUCACAUAGACCUUUUGUUAAGAUCAUCCUUUUUGAGAUUUCUCUUCUUCCUCUUAUACAUCCCAUCCAUCCACACACACACACACAUCAACAUGCAAACUCCCACAAUUCUACAAACACAUACACCAUACACAUUCACAAACGUGCACAUACAGAGAUACUUAGAACAAGCAUUCCUUUUUUGGUUUCUUUUUGUUUUGUUUUGACUCUUGAGAGUUGUUUAAAUUGGUAAUGCCAGCCUUUCUUUCCAUUCUCUCUCUCUCUCUAUCUGUUUUUGAUUCAUCUGAGAUUCACAGUGUCAGCUUGUAUGUGUAAGUAGAUUUUUUUUUCUGCUUCAUAUGCCAAUGGGGUCUUUGUGUUGAAUCAAUUUCCUUCUUUCUUUGGUUGGUUAUCAAGAAUUAAUCAACAGUCUAAAUCAGGCUCUCUUUCUUUUAUUUCUUUUUGUUUUGUUUUGUCUCUUUUUGUCUCUUUGUUCAUAGAGGACUGAUCUUCUCUCUCUCUCUCUCUUUUUUUUUUUUCUUUGUCACUCUAUUCCAUUCAUGCACAUAAAACACUUUUUUUUUGGAAAUAUAUGUGCUUUUUUGCUUAUGAGUUUUUGGUUUUGCAUAGGUAAUCAAGAA